AUUAGAUGUCCUCUCUAUUAAAAGUUUCUUUUUCAUUUCUUGCUGUCAUUAACAUCGAUAACAAAUUUUGUUGACGAUACUUGAAAGAAAACGUCGAAAGACCCGAUAUCGUCUACGGAAAAGACAAUUGCAAGUUAUGGUAAAUGUGACAAAGGGGAUUUUGGUUGAAUGUGAUGCGGCUAUGAAACAAUUUCUUCUACAUCUGGAUGAAACAUCCGCACUUGGGAGAAAAUUCAUAAUUCAAGACUUGGAUGAAAGACAUUUAUUCAUAUCCUCUGACAUAUUGGAAACUUUGCAAGCAAAAGUAGAUGAUUUAAUGGACCAGAUAUCAUUUCCACUGGCAGAGAAAGGAAUGUAAAAGGGAAGACACAACGAGACAUUUUUGAGAUAUACUAAGCUUAAAAAAAAAUGGCUCGAGAAUCAGGUAGAAUAAAGGAUGCAUGUCAAAAAAGAAUCCUUGAUGAUGCUGCACGUAAACGCAGACAAAAGAAGGCAUUGGAAGCAUUGGAGCAAGACAAUUUUCAUGAUGAUCCACAUGCCGAUUUAGUAAUGAGCAAAAAGGUACCGAAAUUUCAAGAAACGUUAGACAACAGAAGUGGCAGAAAAAA